AAGACUUUGAGGCAACAACAUCUUUUUUUUAAUUCGAUUCUAACGAAAAUGUAUGGAAUGUUACUGGAGGCAAUCCAGCACUACAUACAACUGGAAUACGGGGAGGAGCUUUGGAAGGAUAUUUUAAAGACCUCAAAUUGCAAAUACACUGUUUUCAACACGCAUCAGAUCUAUUCGGAUAAUUUGGCCUUAGAGCUGGGGGAGGCAUGUGCCAAAAUAACUGGAGGCCGAUACAACGACUUUAUUCAAUAUUUCGGCAAAUGCUUCAUUAGAUUUACCUCAAAAUUUGGGUAUGACGCGACCGUUAAGGCCACCGGGCGAUUCUUCACGGAUUUUCUGGAAAGUGUCGACAAUAUUCAUCAUCAGUUUUCUUUCACCUAUCCAAAGAUGAAAAGUCCGUCGAUGUACCUGACGGAAAUCGACGAAAAUGGCUGCGUCUUGGUUUACAGAAGCAGCCGUCCUGGAUAUACCCACUAUAUUAUGGGCGUUCUGGAGUAUUGUGCCGAAGACUUUUUCCAGAUGAAACUGAAAAUUACCAUUCUAAACGAAGCGAACUCGGCCAGUGGCUCGAAGAAGCAAGUUUUGGUUAACUUCCGAUUGGACUUCGACAAUCGAGCUUAUAUGGAGCGCAAAAAUCAAAAAGACGUGGACAACUGUCGAUUGGCCAAGCUUGCGCCUUUUUCCGUCGAUCUUUUCAUAUCGCUUUUUCCUUUCGCGCUGCUCAUCGAUAGAAAUCUGCAGGUGGUUGCAGUUGGGGAGAAUUAUUCAACCAUUUGGAAUCCGAAUGAAUUGUGCAUUAAUAAGCGAGUGACAAAAUAUUUUAGGCUUCGCAGACCUAAGGGCAUUUAUCUCACAUGGAGAAACUUGAAAAACUUGCAAGCAGUUAUUUUCGAAAUGGAAUGUAAUCGGGGCUACGAUAAUUUUGAAACGGUGCGAGCAGCUGAAUCGAAAGAAGGCGAAGAUACGAUAGUUAUAGAUCCUAGGAAUUAUCUGCUGCUGAAAGGGCAGAUGAAACACAUUGUUGAAAUAGAUUGCAUUGUUUUCCUCUGCAGUCCCAUUAUUAAUGACAUAGGAGAACUGACCUCCCAGUCACUUUUCCUAGACGAUCUCAAUUUUCAUGGGUUGAGCCGAGAAAUGGUUUUGGCUGGCUGGCAGCAUAACUCGAAAUAUCAAACAAUGUUCGAUAAAGCGGAACAGAACGCUGAAGAUCUGGAACAGAGUCACGAACUUCUGGAUCAAUGGAAGAAACGAGGCGAUGAUUUGUUGUAUUCGAUGAUGCCAAAAGCAAUAGCCGACAGGCUAAGAACGGGGGCGUCUGCUCUGGAUACUUGCGAGUCAUUCAAUUCGGUAAGUAUUUUAUUUUGUGAACUCGUGGGACUUCAAGCUGAAACCGUAAAAGAAACCAUGGAGAUGGUUUCGACAAUGAAUGAGGUAUUUUCCGCAUUCGAUCAGCUAAUGGAUAAAUUCAAAGUGUACAAGGUGGAAACAGUUGACAAGAUUUAUAUGGUAGCAUGCGGGGCUCCAGAGAAAAACGAACGUCAUGCUGAAAUAAUGGCCAAUGUGGCUCUCAGCAUGUUGGAAGUGACUGCAAAUAUGGUAAUUCCUUCUGGAAAUGGCGUUGAGCUGAAAAUUGGAAUCCAUUCAGGCCAUGCGGUAGCUGGAGUGGUUGGCAUUAAAGUUCCGAGAUACUGUUUCUUUGGCGAUACGGUAAAUACAGCGUCAAGAAUGCAGUCAAGCAGUGAGGCGGGGAAAAUUCAGUUGUCUUCGGAUUUCCAAAAAUUGCUACCCGAAGGCAGGUUCCGAUUGGACAGCAGAGGACGAGUGAAUAUCAAAGGAAAAGGUGCAAUGCUCACUUACUGGCUACUUGGAAAGUGAGAACUUGCAAUAAACCCCAGUAAAAAGCCUUAUGAUAACCGAAUUGCUGUUGAUAUUGAUAGUUUAUUUUAUUUUU